AUGCCACUCAUUGUCAUCUCCGGUGGUCCGUGUUCGGGCAAAUCAACGCGAGCCAAAGAACUGCUUGACUAUUUCCAAACAAAAGCGAUGCCCGUACAGAUUAUUACGGAUAACAAUCUGGAUCGAAAUGCAGUUUAUACAGAUAACACGCUCGAAAAACAAGCACGAAGCGAUUUGAAAGCUGAAACACAAAGAUUAGUAACAAAAACGGAUUUGGUGAUCCUUGACGCUUUGAAUUAUAUAAAAGGCUAUCGCUAUGAACUUUAUUGCAUAACUAAACUUUAUCAAACCGUUCAAUGCACAAUUUACUGUAAUACUCCUGCACACGUUGCACGUGAAUGGAAUACGGCUAAUCAUCGAUAUGAUCCAUCGAUUUUUGAUGCAUUAGUGCAGCGUUACGAACCGCCAGAAGGUCGAAAUCGUUGGGAUGCACCAUUAUUUGAAAUCACGCCGGAGGAUCAAUUACCACUAGAACAAAUUGCAGAUUAUCUGGCGAAUAAACGCCCACCACCUCCCAACAAAUCGACAGUUAACUUACCAAUCUCGGAUACAAAUUUCCUACAUGAUGUCGACCGAGUAACGCAGGAUGUCAUCGAUUCAAUCGUUCAACAAAGUAAAAUGGCUGUGCUCGGUCAGCAGUUUUCAAUUCCAGGAACAACAGAAAAAAUUAACUGGAACCAAAAUCAUUCGGUUUCGGAUCUACGUCGAAUUCGUCAACAAUAUUUAAAAUUCAUCAAGACACACCCACCAUCAAAGGACAAUACAAAUACAACAUCAUUCGGCAAGGAUGUUUUUCCCCGUUUGACAGCCGUACUCGUCGCCGAUGCAUCGAAUCGAAAGGCGAUGCUUCUUAUUCGUUCUCCGACAUUAACCUUUGCAUUUAUAUUUUUCAUUCUUUCCAUUUGUUUAACUAUCUUGACAUUCAAUGUUCCAUAUGAUGAUUCGCAGUAUCUUAUACAAUUCUUAAUAAUCUGUCCACCAAUCAACUCCAUAUUCCUCUUUCUAUUUUCGGCAACAUGGAUCGAACGACGAUUUCGUUUAUCCUACAUGCCAUUUAUAUGUUUGAUUAUCUUGAUGUUGUCAUCAUUAACAUUAACCCUCGUAUCAAGUUUACUUUUAUCAUUAUCGAUUACGAUGUAUUUUAAUUUAAUUUUUUAUUCCUUUUUCUUUCUUCUAUUCUUGUCUUUAAUUAUCGUCACUAUCAUAUCGUAUUCUUACGGUUCAUUGUUUAUACAUCGUCAUCGGAAUAUGAUGACAGUUCAGCAACAAAACAGUGAAAUCCCGAAAAAUGUAGAACUUCUCAAACUUGAUAAAUACUCGUUUAAAUCCUCAGAUAACAAUGAACUUAUACUCUUCAUGUCAAAACUACCCGGCCGUCGUAUUCGUCAUGAUAUUCGCAACAUUCAAGAUGAUUUAAAUCAAAUACAAGUUCAUACAAUCAUAACAUUAAACGAGCCGAAAGAAUUGUCAUUUAUGAAUAUGACAAAUAAGAAUUUUUACAAUAUGGACAUUUACUCCAUGCAUGUCAAACGAGCUAAUAUGGAACAUAUUGUGUAUCCCAUCCGCGAUCGUUUUAUUCCGAAGUCAAUUAGUGAUUAUAUGCAAUUUUUAUAUUGCAUUAUCCUUAGUGUAAAUCGUUCCAGUCGUAAUCGAUUGCUCGUGCAUUGUAUGGGUGGAAUGGGGCGGACUGGUCUAACAGCGGUUUGCUUGGAUUUAACGUAUGAAAAUAUGAUGGCAAAUGAGAAUGAACCAAAAACGAAACAAAAGUUUGUCGAACGAUUCUGUCAUUAUCCAUUUCUAUUAGCAAAUCAUUGUCGCGUAUGUCGAGCGAUUGCGAAUGUUCGACAAGCACGACCAGGUACAAUUCAUAAUCCAUUACAAAUCUUAUUUGCUCACGAAUAUUACGCUCGUCUGAAAUCAUCUUCUUACAUGCAACAAAUCAAACACAUCCUAGACCUCAACGAGAAACUCCUCUCCAGCACGCAGGACGAAUUUGCAUUACCGACGAAUAUUUCACUUUAA